AUGGAGUUGAAGCAGCUCUACUGCCUCUUGAGGGCCAACGAAUUAUCGCAGAAUCCCGGUUUGAACGUCGCGCCGACGGCGGCCCCAGAGGCUUCCACCCCUGCGCCACUAAUACGCUGGCCAAGUCGGAGGCCGUACCGCCAGGUCUUCUACGCUGACAACGCAUCUGAUUUCGGCGGCGACGAAGUUCAGCCUAAUCGCGCGAAGCCCACGUCCGGUGAAUACGACCUCCAUCCCGACGGCCACCGCCCUUACCGACGUCCGGAUACAGAAGAUGAAGAAUCGGGAAGCAGUAGAGCGCCGCCAGGGGAGAACGACUAUGGUGACGAAAUAGACAGAUGGCGAGAUAACUACUGGAAAAAGCGCCGCUACGUUUAUACUGAUGACAACGCCGACGAUAUGGACGAAGCCGCCGAUGAGCGGCACCAGGAGAGUGGCCGCCCGCCGCGCCGGCAGCCAAACCGUCGGAAGGCCGAAGGGUCUCCCGAUUCGGAAGAGGCUAACGACAGUGGUGAGGAACCUCAAAAGAGUCGACCUUACCGUCGCCGUGGUCCGUCAGGGAAUGCCGCGGACGACAGUCGUACGAGGGUACCACAAGGAGACUACGAUGCAGACCAAGGCGACGUCCUGGACAACAGUCAUAGAAAAAGAGCGAGAGGAUCGCAAGGAGAUUACGAUGCCGACGAAGGGGAGGCCUCAGCCAGAAAUUUCAAAAAGAGAACGAGGGGACCAACAAGAGACGACGAAGAUGACCAAGAAGGGGUCCCUACCAAUGGCCGCAGAAAAAUGGCAAGACCACAACGAGGCUACGAUGUUGAACAAGGAGAUGCGGUGGAUCGCAAUCGUAGAACGAGAACAAGAGGGCGACCAGAUGACUACGAAGAUGACCAAGAGAGAGAUUCGGCCGGUGGUAGGGAAAGAAGGACUGGAAGACCACAAGGAGGCUACGGUGGUAGACAAGGAGAGGGCCUGGACAGCAGUCGCAGAAAGAAAACGAGAGGACCACCUCGAGACUACGACGCCGACCAAGAGGUCCCGGCCAGUGUUCGCAGGACAAUGACAAGAGGACCACUGGGAGACUACAAUUUCGAAAAAGGAGGUAACCUGAACAGCAAUCCUAGAAAGAGGGCAAGAGGACCUCCUGAAGACUACGAAGAAGACCAAGAUGGUGUCCCGGCAGAUGAUCGCAGGAGAAGAACAAGAGGAGCACGCGAAGGGUAUAGCGAUAACAGAGAAGAGGCCUUGGAAAACAGUUACGGAAAGAGGCGAGAAGGCGCACGAGAUUACGACGCUGACUGGGACGAUGUCCCUGACAACUGGCACGGAGGAAGGCCAAGAAGACCACAAGGAAGUUAUGGCGUUGACCAGGGAGCGGUAACGUCCAAUGGUCGCCGCAGGACAGCAUUACCGCGCGGAAACUAUGAGGAUGGCCGAGAUUCCUCACGAGAUCGGCCUGCAGAAAAGGAGCGUGAUCAAACGCCGUUACACAUAAGCGAAAGCGGUGCCGAACACGUCUAUGCGAAAAGUUAUGAACAUGACGUCGAAGGUCCCGUCUCGACCGCGGACACAGGUUUAACCAGUCGCACGAAAAUACAAAGCAGAGGGGACCGUGCCAGGAAGCUCGCAACGGCAGACGAGAAUGAUGAGCUUGAAAACAAGCCUCGUGUAGGAGAGAGAAGUUCUGCUCAAGGAAGUGAUGCGUUCACAGAAGGCGUCGGCGACAGAGUUCUUCGACACAAGCGCGCAAGGAGGCGUCGAAAGAACCAGAACAAACUGGGCGACACGCUUCUCGACACGACACGCGCCAGAGACGCCACGAGGCAGCAGACGACUCGUUCCGGCCUGGAGGACUUCAUCAAUUUCGACGACGACGACUUCACAGGGGAGGAGGAGCCUUCGGAGACAAGCGGCGCUGGUGGCGAACAGCGCAAAGACAAAGACCGCGAGGGUGGCAAAGCGCGAAGCAAGAGGCAGAUCGAAGAACGCCCCGCCUUGUAUGAAUUGCUGAAGAUUCCUUAGA